AUGGAACCACGAAAUUAUUUCACCCUUGUUUUCCUUUUGUUUCUAAACUUGUCUGCAUGGGUGUUUUCUACUACUGAUCAUAAUAACUAUAGCAGAAGUGACUUUCCGGUUGAUUUUAUUUUUGGUUCAGGAACAUCUGCUUAUCAAGUGGAAGGAGCUGCUGAUGAAGAUGGAAGAACUCCUAGCAUUUGGGAUACCUUUGCUCACGCUGGAUUUGCACAUGGUGGAAAUGGAGAUGUAGCCUGCCACGCGUACCACAAAUACAAGGAAGAUGUGCAGCUCAUGCUUGAAACAGGCCUUCAUGCCUAUAGAUUUUCCAUUUCUUGGUCCAGAUUGAUACCAAUUCCUCAGACAAAUACAGAGAAAGACAGGGCAGCAUGUGAACGAAUCCGUACUUUUUAUUUUGGUUGGUUUAUGGAACACUUGUUGCACGGAGACUAA